AUAUUUCCUCGACUCGUCUGCUGAAACAGAUGGAGGUGACAUGUACACACGGCCGCUUAACAUGUAAUAAUUUGAAACGUGGUUUUAAGAUUUGAAACUAUGUUGUGGUGGAAGGUACCAACAGUAGUGAGAGCUGGCUCGCUGUGUUCUGGUUAUGGAAUCGGACACCUGUCACAGUGUUCUCUUCUCCGCUGUGCCUUCCACGCCCCUUGCUCCCGCGACUACACCGCACACCACGUCCGCCGGUGUCCCCCCACUUCGUCGCUCCAAAACCUCUAUUCUAGCGCUCCUCGUUUGCCAAGUUUAUGCUCGCAGUCUCACAGGUCAGCAUCGGGCACUAGUGGUACUGGAUGGUACGAGAGCCUUACAGACUCCACUCCUGUCCAUCUGACAGAGCAGUUGUUGAUAAGCACCCACCAGGUCACAGGCCUGCCAUGGUGGGCCACCAUCGUGUGCACCACCUUGGCUCUCCGGACCGCCAUCACUCUGCCCCUGGGAGCCUACCAGAUGGUCAUCCUCUCUAAGGUCGAAGCUCUCCAGGCUGAGAUAGCAGAGCUGGCUAAGAGGCUGCACUACGAGGUCAGCGUGAGAGCCUCGCAGCGGGGCUGGACGGAGAGAGACUGCCGGUACCAGUUCAAGAAGAACCUGAAGAGGAUCGUGUCGGAGCUGUAUGUGAGGGACAACUGCCACCCCUUCAAGGCCAGCGUGCUGGUGUGGGUGCAGCUGCCCAUGUGGGUGUGCCUGUCCCUGGCCCUCCGCAACUUGAGCCUGGGGAUGUCUGAGGCCUCCAUGGCGUUGCAGUUGGAGCUGUCAGCAGGGGGCGCUCUGUGGUUUCCUGACCUCACGCUGCCAGACGCCACCUGGAUCAUGCCCGUGUCUCUGGGUCUCAUCAACCUGCUCAUCGUGGAGAUGUUUGCUCUGAGGAGACUAGAAACUUCCAAACUCCAGAAGUUUAUGACCAACUUCGUCAGAGCCAUCUCCCUGAUUAUGAUACCCAUAGCUGCCACUGUGCCAUCGUCCAUGGCUCUGUACUGGCUGGCCUCCAGUGCGGUGGGGCUGGGCCACAACCUGCUGCUACGCUCCCCCAGCUUCAGGAGCCUGUGCCGCAUCCCCCGCCUGCGCUCCGAGUCCGACACCCCUUACAGGGACCUGGGAGCCGCCUUCGCUGCCAAGUACCUCAAGUGAAGGAACGAGGGUCUCUCAGGGGGGUGCAGGAGAGAGAGACGGGGGAGAGGAGAGAGACAGGGGAGAGGAGAGAGACAGGGGAGAGGAGAGAGACA